GCCGCAGUGAACUGUACCGGGGUAAAGGUGGACUGCUUUGUGCCGCACUGACUGUAAUUUGACUGCCGCCCUCACAGUGCCAGCCAGUCGACGCUUUUCUGUCUGUGAGCGAAGUGCACCUGGAAACUUUAUAUUUCUUUCCUCCAAUAUGUCCAUCAGUCGGAAGAACUGGUCGGCUUUAUCCAGCCUAGCGCGCCAGUGGACGAGGGAGGACGAGGAGGAGGUGGAAAGGGAGAAGAGAAGGAGGGUGAAGAGCACAAACAGCACCACUGACUUCGAUGCCGACUUCAGCCAAGCGCCCACAGACACACCCACCAGUGACAGCCCCUUUGGGACAGACUCCACAAGUGAGAUGUCCGAGGGCCUCAGCAGUGUGGAGCAGAUGCAGCUGGACUUCGUGGAGAUGCUGCGUGUCCGUGAUGAAAAGCGGAGAAUGAGGCAUGUGGAGACGCUGAGACGACAGAAGGAGGUAGGGGAGGAUGAAGCAGAGGCCUGCGGAGGAGGAGGAGGAGGAGCCAGGGUGGAGCUACUGGGGGACUUGGAUGAUGACCAGGGUAGUGUGUCGCCCUCUGUGAAAGCCACAUCCAAACCACAACCACCCCUGAAAACAGCCUCUUACAGUCCCACCAGCAGCAGCAGUACCAGCGCUAACAUCACAAACAGACAACACGAUAAUGGAGAGUCGUCGGGCAAAGACCCUGAUCCCAAGCCAUCAUCCAACCCGGCUCGCAAGUUUGUCAGUUCUGUCUCCAUCUCAUUCGACAAAAGUCCCUCUGCCAGCGUGUGCACAACUCCCAUGAGCCCUUGCUCCCCGACGGCCCCCAUGUCACCUCGAGAACACUGGCCGUCGCCUUGCCAGAGUCCCUCUCCUAGGGGAGCUCAAAGCCCCGUUCAGAAUGGACACACACAGGAGACUAGUGUGAAUGGCUCAUCCUCCAAUGGCAACUUUGAACAGACUUCCAAACCUGCGUUCGUCAGACAGAGCUCCAGGACUAUAUCUUUCAGGAUGAUGAGGAAGAAAGAAGAGGAGAGUGUGCCGCUGCAGAGGAGUGCGAGUGUGAGGAUGGCCUCCAAGCAGUUUGAAUCCAAACCAGACCAAAAUGAAGAUGAAGACAAAGCGUCAUCUUUCCAGAGAAACUCUAGGCAGAGGAUUUCAUCCAGGUCCAUCCAGGAGAAGAUGGAGAGACUGGCUCAGGCUGCACAGAAGUCUGACGUGAUGCGAUCUCCAGAUGUGACCCAGAGGACCCUGUUCCUGCUGGACGAGGUGUCCAGGAAGAGAGGCCUCUUUGAGAAGGAGCAGCAGGCAGUGAACCCCACCAGCCCGGGGGUUUCCAGACAGGAAUUUAGGAGCUUCACGUCAGGAAUGUCAGACCGGAUCAACCGCUGGCUCAACAAGCCCAACCAAACUGGGUCUUCACACAGUCCUUCUGACUUGAGACAUGUGGACAUCACCAGUAAGAGGAGCCUGUUUGAGACCAGAGGGGAGAACAGUGUCCCAAAAACCAGCCCUGGAAAAAUCUGCAAGUGAAAGAUGCCCAUUUAUAAUAUAACAGGAUUUAGAAGACGAAGUGACAAAGAGAACUGGAAGAUUAAUGGAUGCCAUGACUGACUGAUUCUUUCUUCAAGCUUUUAAUGUUUUUUUUCUCCACUGCCAUAGCACACAGGAGGAACAGAUAUAUGCGAAAUAGAGAAAAAAGUGAGUUGGGUUUUAGCAGUUUUAGGACUGAAGUUAGGAGGCUUCAAUCAUACACUUUUGCAUUGCUUAUUGAGGUAUAAAUAUGUCUUAUUUCAAACAAUGAAACACUGAUGUGUGAGGAAAGGAGAUGAAAAGUGAGGGAGCGAGGGCAAUGAUAUAUUUGUAGCUCUUCAGCUAUUUGCCUUAACUUUGUGUAAUUUUAAAGCACUUUAAACAGGUGAAGGUCUUAAGGCUAAUGAUAGCUAUUUUUAUUAAAUUACAGUAGCAGGAAUCCUGGAGUUGUAAUUGUAUGUUUUUUCUAAUCUGCCAGAAUAUAUGUUUUGUUCUAUGCCAUUGUGGGCAAGAUGCUGCCUGUCUAUGGAAUAAAGUGUUUUAUUACCACAAA